GGCCGAGGCGGCCAUGGCGGAGAACUUGCUGGACGGGCCGCCCAACGCCAAGCGGGCCAAGCUCAACUCGCCCGGCUUCUCCGCCCCCGACACCACAGAUUUUGGGACUUUCUUUGACUUGGAAAAUGAUCUUCCGGAUGAACUGAUUCCUAAUGGAGACCUGAAUCUUUUAAACAGCAGCCCGGCCCUUGUUCCAGAUGCUGCUUCCAAACACAAGCAGCUUUCUGAGCUUCUGAGGGGCGGCAGCAGCUCUUCUCUCAACCCAGGAAUUGGGAGCAUCAACUCCAGCAGUAGCCCCGUCCCACAAGGUGUCAACAGCCAAGUCCAGGGGCAGCCGAGCGGCGCAAAUAUUGGCAGCCUAGGCUUGAUGGGAAAGAGUCCUUUGAGCCAGGGGGACUCCGUGGUCUCCAGCCUGGCCAAACAGGCCGCCAGCACGCCUGGGCCCAGCGCCCCAGCCACCCAAACCCUGAACACUCAAGCACAAAAAACUGUGGGGAUGGUGACAAGCAGUCCAGCCGCGUCCCAGACGAGCACUGGGAUGUGUAUGAACACUGGCUUCAGCCAGGCUCACCCUGGGCUCCUCAGUAGUAACUCUGGCCACAGCUUGAUCAAUCAGGCCCAGCCAGGACAAGGUCAGGUAAUGAAUGGCUCUCUUGGGGCAGCCGGGAGAGGACGAGGUGCCGGAAUGCAGUAUUCGACCCCCAGCGUGCAAGGAAAUGCGAACAAUGUGCUGGCAGAGACCCUGACACAGGUGUCCCCUCAAAUGACAGGUCACGCAGGCCUGAGUACAACCCAGGCAGGAGCUAUGGCAAAAAUGGGAAUGGCCAGUAACCCAGGUCCCUUUAACCAACCAUUUAGUCAGGCUGGCGGGCAGCAGAUGGGAGCCACCGCAGUCAAUCCUCCACUACCAAAUAAGUCAGGCAUGGCUAACAGCGUGUCUCCCUUCCCCUCCGACAUCAAGAGUGUUUCAGUUACCAGCGUGCCAACGAUGUCUCAAAUGCAAACCCAGGUACAGCAGGUGGGGAUUGUCCCCACGCAGACGAUGGCAACGGGGCCGACGGCUGAUCCUGAGAAGCGCAAGCUUAUUCAGCAGCAGUUAGUUCUGCUGCUUCAUGCUCACAAGUGUCAGAGGCGAGAGCAAGCCAACGGAGAGGUGCGCGCCUGUGCUCUUCCCCACUGCCGAACCAUGAAAAAUGUCUUGAAUCACAUGACCCAUUGUCAAGCUGGAAAAGCCUGCCAAGUUGCCCAUUGCGCAUCGUCACGUCAGAUCAUAUCCCACUGGAAGAACUGUACGCGGCAUGAUUGCCCUGUGUGUCUCCCGUUGAAAAAUGCCAGUGACAAGAGGAACCAGCAGCCGCUCCUGGGAUCCCCAGCUGGAGGAAUCCAGAACUCGAUUGCUUCCAGCACUGGCCAGCCAGCCACUCCAUCUCUGAGCAACCCCAACCCUAUCGACCCCAGCUCCAUGCAGAGAGCCUACGCGGCUCUGGGACUCCCCUAUGGCAACCAGCCACAGGCACCGCUGCAGCCCCAGGUCCCAGGCCAGCAGGUGGCCCAGCCUCCGGCCCAUCAGCAGAUGAGGAGCAUUGGUGCAUUGGGACCCAAUCCAAUGAACCUGGCGGCAGGAGGAAUCACAGACCAGCAGCCUGGCCUGAUCGCAGAAACUGUUCUUCCAACGUCGCUGGGGACGGCAAACCCCCUGAUGAAUGAUGGUACAAAUUCGGGCACGGUUGGAAAUCUCAGUGGCUCCAUGCCAACAGCUGCGCCGCCUUCAAGCAGCGGGGUGAGGAAAACCUGGCAUGAGCACGUCACUCAGGACCUGCGUAAUCACUUAGUACACAAACUCGUGCAAGCCAUCUUUCCAACUCCUGAUCCAGCAGCACUGAAGGAUCGCCGGAUGGAAAAUCUGGUGGCUUACGCAAGGAAAGUAGAAGGAGAUAUGUAUGAAUCAGCCAACAGCAGGGAUGAGUAUUACCAUUUACUGGCAGAGAAAAUCUAUAAAAUACAAAAGGAGUUGGAAGAAAAACGAAGGUCUCGUCUGCAUAAGCAAGGGAUCCUGGGUAAUCAGCCAGCCUUACAGACCCCAGGGUCUCAGCCUCCUGGCCUUCCACAGGUGACUGUCUCCAUGGGACAAGGGCAGCCGGUGAGACCUCCCAAUGGGCCCCUGACUGUGCCAAACGUGCCUAUGAGCCGCAUGCAGGUCUCUCAAGGAGUGUCCGUAGGGAGUGUCCAAAUGCCUCAGACAUCGCCUUCACCAAUGAACCAUCCUGUCCAGAUGAACAGCAUGGGCUCCGUUUCAACGAUGGCUCUGUCUCCUUCGCGGGUGCCUCCGUCACAGAACUUGGUGGGAGCUCAUUCCAACAACCUGAUGGGUCAGGCCUCGACUCAAAACCAGUUCCUUGCCCAGAAUCAGUUUUCAGCCGCCAGUGGAGUUCUGAACGUCAACAGCAUCGCCAUGGGGCAAACAGCAGCGCAGGCCGGAGUGGUGCAGCAGGGGCAGGUGUCGGGCGCAGCUGUGGCCAACCAGGUGAAUAUCCUCGGAUCACAAACCAGCCAGCUCUCUUGCCCCCCGCUUGCGACUCAGCCGCCCCUUCAUCAACCUGCACCUCCUCUGUCGGCUCCGGCCGGUGUGCCGUCGGUCCAGCAUCAGACGCAGGCGGGAAUUACUCCUCCUCAGCCAGCGGUGCCUGCCCAGCCCUCCACGCCCAUCUCCUCUUCUGGACAAGCGCCCACCCCUGUGGCCGGCUCGGUGCCGAGUGCCUUGCCGGUGCAAAGCACACCUUCGGGGCAAGCGGCCGUCGCCCAGGCUCAGGUGACGCCACAGCCUCAGACCCCAGGACAGCCCCCCUCUGUGCCAACCCCACAGCCGCUGCCCCUGCCGCCGCCGCCGCCGCCGCCGCCACCCAUGUCCGUCCAGCCCCCCGUCACUCCACUCUCCCAAGCAGCAAUGAGCGUGGACAACCGGGUGCCUAGCCCAGGCUCUGCUGCCAGUGCUGAUGCCAGUACCCAGCAACUUGGGCACGAUGCCCAAAUACAGGAAAGCAAGACUGAAAAAGUUGAUUCGGGUUGCGGAGAAGCUCAGGUGGAGCUGAAAUCGGAGCUGGAGGAGGACAUGACGGGACCUACACAAGGCAAAGAGGAGCCAAAUGGAGAAGAGAGCAAGCAGGAGCCCAUGGAGAUGGAAAUAAAGAAGCCGGAGGUCAAAGAGGAAGAGGAUAGUGGCAGUAAUGGCCCCUCGGCCCAGUCCACGUCCCCAUCUCAGCUGCGGAAAAAGAUCUUUAAGCCGGAGGAGCUGCGCCAGGCCCUGAUGCCCACUUUGGAGGCCUUGUAUCGUCAGGACCCAGAGUCUCUUCCCUUCAGGCAACCCGUGGACCCUCAGCUCCUGGGGAUUCCGGAUUACUUUGACAUUGUGAGGAAUCCCAUGGACCUUUCCACCAUCAAACGCAAGCUGGACACAGGACAGUACCAGGAGCCCUGGCAGUAUGUGGAUGAUGUCUGGCUGAUGUUCAACAAUGCCUGGCUUUAUAACCGCAAGACAUCCAGAGUCUAUAAAUUUUGCACUAAACUUGCUGAAGUGUUUGAGCAAGAAAUCGAUCCCGUGAUGCAAUCCUUGGGAUACUGUUGUGGGCGGAAGUACGAGUUUUCCCCCCAGACCUUGUGCUGCUACGGCAAACAGCUGUGUACCAUUCCCCGGGAUGCCGCCUACUACAGUUAUCAAAACAGGUAUCACUUCUGUGAAAGGUGCUUUACUGAAAUCCAGGGAGAAAACGUUACCCUGGGUGAUGAUCCUGCCCAGCCACAAACAACAAUAUCAAAAGAUCAGUUUGAGAAGAAGAAAAAUGAUACUCUAGAUCCAGAACCUUUUGUCGACUGCAAAGAAUGUGGCCGGAAGAUGCAUCAGAUAUGUGUGUUACAUUACGAUAUCAUUUGGCCUUCAGGCUUUGUGUGUGACAACUGCUUGAAGAAAACUGGCCGGACACGCAAGGAAAACAAAUUCAGUGCCAAAAGGUUACAGACCACUCGCUUAGGAAACCACUUGGAAGAAAGAGUAAAUAAAUUUUUGCGGCGGCAGAAUCACCCAGAAGCUGGAGAAGUCUUUGUGAGAGUAGUGGCCAGUUCAGACAAAACGGUAGAAGUGAAACCAGGAAUGAAAUCAAGGUUCGUUGACUCCCGAGAGAUGGCCGAGGCUUUUCCCUACCGCACCAAGGCCCUCUUUGCUUUUGAGGAGAUCGACGGGGUGGACGUGUGUUUCUUUGGCAUGCACGUCCAGGAGUACGGAUGGGAUUGUCCACCACCAAACACCAGGCGUGUGUACAUCUCCUACUUAGAUAGUAUUCAUUUCUUCCGCCCGAGAUGCCUCCGGACAGCUGUUUACCAUGAAAUCCUUAUUGGGUACUUGGAAUAUGUUAAAAAACUGGGGUAUGUGACUGGCCACAUUUGGGCCUGCCCACCCAGCGAGGGGGACGACUACAUCUUCCACUGCCACCCUCCGGACCAGAAGAUCCCCAAGCCCAAGCGCCUGCAGGAGUGGUACAAGAAGAUGCUCGACAAGGCCUUUGCAGAGCGGAUCAUCCACGACUACAAGGACAUCUUCAAACAAGCCACGGAGGAUCGUCUGACGAGUGCCAAGGAGCUCCCGUACUUUGAGGGUGACUUCUGGCCCAACGUGCUGGAGGAGAGCAUCAAGGAGCUGGAGCAGGAGGAGGAAGAAAGGAAGAAGGAGGAGAGCUCGGCCACCAGCGAAGCCCCAGAGGGGAGCCAAGGCGACAGCAAGAACGCAAAGAAGAAGAACAGCAAGAAGACCAACAAGAACAAGAGCAGCCUGAGCAGGGCCAACAAGAAGAAGCCCACCCUGCCCAACGUCUCCAACGACCUCUCCCAAAAGCUCUACGCCACCAUGGAGAAGCACAAGGAGGUCUUCUUUGUCAUCCACUUGCACGCCGGGCCGGUCGUCAACACCCUUCCCCCCAUUGUGGACCCGGACCCCUUACUCAGCUGUGACCUGAUGGACGGCCGGGACGCCUUCCUCACUCUCGCCAGGGACAAGCACUGGGAGUUCUCCUCCUUGCGCCGCUCCAAGUGGUCCACCCUCUGCAUGCUGGUGGAGCUGCACACCCAGGGCCAGGACCGCUUUGUCUACACAUGCAAUGAGUGCAAGCACCAUGUCGAGACGCGGUGGCACUGCACGGUCUGCGAGGACUAUGACCUCUGCAUCAACUGCUACAACACCAAGAGCCAUGAACACAAGAUGGUCAAGUGGGGGCUGGGCCUGGACGAUGACAGCCACAGCCAAGGGGAGCAGCAGUCCAAGAGCCCCCAGGAGUCUCGCCGCCUCAGCAUCCAGCGCUGCAUCCAGUCGUUGGUCCACGCCUGCCAGUGCCGCAACGCCAACUGCUCGCUGCCCUCCUGCCAGAAGAUGAAGCGGGUGGUCCAGCACACCAAGGGCUGCAAGCGCAAGACCAACGGGGGCUGCCCAGUCUGCAAGCAGCUGAUCGCGCUGUGCUGCUACCAUGCCAAGCACUGCCAGGAGAACAAGUGCCCGGUGCCCUUCUGCCUCAACAUCAAACACAAGCUUCGCCAGCAGCAGAUCCAGCACCGGCUGCAGCAGGCGCAGCUGAUGCGCCGCAGGAUGGCCACCAUGACCACCCGCAACGUGCCUCAGCAGAGCUUGCCGUCUCCUACCUCAGCAACCCCCGGGACACCAACGCAGCCGCCGCAGCCGCCACAGCAGCAGCCCAGCACCCCGCAGACCCCCCAGCUGCCCCCCCAGCCGCCUCCGGUCAGCAUGUCCCCUGCCGGCUUCCCCAGCGGAGCAAGGACUCAAGCACCUCCCCCCAUGUCAGCUGGGAAGCCCACCCCCCAAGUGGUUGCUCCCCCGCCGCCCACUCAACCUCCUCCAGGAGCCGUGGAAGCCGCCCGGCAGAUUGAGAUCGAGGCAGCCCAGCAGCAGCAGCAGCAACAGCAGCAGCAGCUCUACAGAGUCAGCAGCAAUGGCCUGCCCCCAGGGAGAGCAGGCAUGGCAAGCCCAGCCGUGGGCACUGUGAACCCUCUGCCACAGGUGGGCAUGAAUGUACCUCGGGCAAACUCUGUGAGCGGCCCAGUGAUGGCCAGCAUGCCACCCGGGCAGUGGCCGCCAGCCCCAGUCGCCCAGCCGCCGUCCCUGCAGCCUGGGAUGCCUCGGCCGUCCCUGCCCAUGGCGGCGCAGCAGGCGGCAGCCGGCCCCCGCAUGCCCGGGGCCCAGCCGCCGGCCCGCAGCAUCCCACCCAACGCCUUGCAGGAGCUUCUGCGGACCUUGAAAUCCCCGAGCUCCCCUCAGCAGCAGCAGCAGGUGCUCAACAUCCUGAAGUCCAACCCUCAGCUCAUGGCAGCUUUCAUCAAGCAGAGAACAGCCAAAUACGUAGCAAACCAGCCGGGCCUGCAGCCGCCCCAGCCCACGCCCCAGCCCACACCCCAGCCGCCCCCUCCGGCCGGAAUCCACACCCCCUCCGGCCUGCAGGGCCUGAGCGCCAUGCAGGCGGGCGGGCAGCGGGUCGGUGUCCCUCCUCCCCAGCCAUCAGGGGUGGGCAGCUUGAAUGCCCAGGGCCAGUCCCUCGGUCUCAUGAACCCAGCCCACAGCCCUGGCAUGGCCAGCAUGAGCCCCCAGUACAGGGAGAUCCUGAGAAGGCAGCGGCUUCAGCAGCAGCAGCAGCAACAACAGCAACAGCAACAACAGCAAGGCGGCGCUGCAAUGGCAGCUCACAAUCAGUUCCAGCAGCCUCCGGGCCCUGCAGGCUAUUCGCAGGCCCUGCAGCAGCCGCAGCCGCCGCCACCACCGCAGCACCUCUCCCUCCCAGCAGGGGCCCUGGGCCAGAUGGCUCAGAUGGGACAGCUGAACUCCAUGGGACAGCCCGGCCUGAGUGCGGAUGCCAGCCCCAGUCUCCAGCAGGCUCUGCAGCAGCGAAUCCUCCAGCAGCAGCAGCAGCAGCAGCAGAUGAAGCAGCAGCAGCAGCAGCAGCAGCAGAUGGGCUCCCCAGGCCAGCCCAAUCCUAUGAGCCCCCAGCAGCACCUGCUCUCAGGACAGCCCCCCACGCCACACCUCCCUGGUCCCCCCCAGAUCAGCGCCUCCCUCAGCAGCCAGGUGCGGUCGCCGGCGCCCGUCCAGUCUCCCCGGCCCCAGUCCCAGCCUCCGCAUUCCAGCCCCUCGCCCAGGAUACAGCCCCAGCCCUCCCCGCACCACGCCUCCCCCCAGACCGGCUCCCCCCAUCCUGUGCUCGCCGUUACCCUGGCCAGUGGUACCCUGGAGCCGCCGGGACACCUGGUCCCCCCAGAGCAGAGUGCAAUGCUUCCCCAGCUCAACCCCCCCAACCGGAACGUGCUCCCAAACGAGCUCUCUCUGGUUGGCGACACGACCGGGGGGGACACCUUGGAAAAGUUUGUGGAGGGCUUGUAGCCAUCCUGGAAGCCUCCCUUCGUGUCACCCUGGACCUUUUGUACUGAAACACAGACCUCGCUCUAGUCCAGAAGCCCUCAACGGGACUGCUGCUCUGUGUGUGUGUGUGUGUGUGUCCCACCACCAGGGAAGGAAGAAUUGCUGUUUCAAAACAAAACAAAGAAUAUAUAUAUUUUUUGUUAAAGCCAGCCAGGUGUGGUUAGAAUAUCUGGUCUUUUUUUGUUGGUCUUGUCGUGUUUUUUUUUUUAAAGUUUCAUUGUUACUGUUGACUUUGCUUUUUUAAAGGGGAAAACAA